AUGAGCGAGCAACCCACCAGCACAGCGAUAUCGUCCUGGGCGCGCCGCUACAUCGAAACCUUCAAUCUUGCUCUGGUCCCGAUUGAACCGGGCGAAAAGGGUCCGAAGGGUAAGGGUUGGAACAAGCCGGGCGGCUACAUCACCGACCCGGUCGCCGCCGAAGCAUUCUGGCAACGCAAUCCUAAUCACAAUCUGGGCGUAGUGCUCGGGCCAAGCCGUGUUUGCUCGUUGGACGUUGACGAUGUGCAGUGGACGCGGUUUGUAUUGUUUGAUCAGAUGGGCCUUGAUCUGGAUGCCAUGGCAGUGGUCUAUCCGACCAUCGUUGGCAACCCGCUGCGGUUCCGUGUGCUGUUCAAGAUGCCCGACGACAUUGAGCUGACGCGCCACUCGCUUUCGUGGCCCAAUGAAAAAGACCCCGAUGGCUCGAUUCACAAGGCGUUGAUGGCUCGGGCUAAGGCGGCGAAAGAGCUGGGUGAUGCUGUUGAUGAGGCCGCAGCGCAAACCGAGGCCGAGGAAUACAAGCGCUUCACGGUGUUUGAAUUGCGUGCAGGCCUGGUGCAGGACGUUUUCCCGCCAUCGAUCCAUCCUGACACGGGAAAACCCUACGCCUGGCGCACGCCGCCGAACGCAGCUGAAGGCCUGCCGGUUCUCACCAAUGAGCUGCUGAACAUUUGGCAGAAUUGGGACGUCUUCAAGCGCAACGCCGAGGCCGCGUGCCCAUGGGCGCCAAAGCCCAAGAAGCCUGCCGCGAAGCCCGUCAAGCGUGCAGCGCCAGCUGGAGAUAAGCCGUCGGUGAUCGACGAGUUCAAUCGUUGCCACGAUGUUGAGGAACUGUUGCGCGCCCACGGCUACAUCAAGCGGGGUAACAAGUGGUUGUAUCCCCAAAGCAGCACCGGGCUACCAGGUGUGACGGUCACCGAAGGCAAGGUCUAUUCCCAUCACGGCGCCGAUCCGUUGGCCAACGGUCACCAGAAUGAUGCUUUUGAAGUCUUCUGCCUGCUGGGCCACGAUGGCGAUCAGUCGAAAGCCGUGAAGGAUGCCGCCCGCAUGCUGGGCAUGCAGCAUUCCUCACGCCCGAACCCUCAGGAACUUCCCCCAACCCCAUCGGCGGAUGCCAGCGAGCAGGACUCCAGCGCGCCAGUGCUGCGCAGGUACGUACUGGUCGAGGGCACCACGCAAGUGUGGGAUCUCGACAAGGCACGGACGAUGAAGAAAACCGCGUUUGAGGCCCGUGUCGGGAAACCUCUGGCGAAACAGUGGAUGGAUGACACCCAGAAAAAGCUGAUCUCGGACGAUAAGGUCAAAGAGAUCGAGCAGGCCCGCAAGAUGGCGGGCAAGAAGGGUGGGGCGCUGAACCUUGAGCCGAUCGAGCGCUAUGUCUAUAUCGACGGUACCAAGGAUGUUUGGGACCGAGAGAAGAAGCGCCGUGUGCCAGAGGGCGCCGUCAAGAUGGCCCUCGGCGAUAUGUACGGCAUGUGGUUGAACAGCCCGGAUCGCCGCGUGGUUGACGUGGAGAACAUCGUGUUCGACCCGACGAUGACCAAAGACCCGAACGUCUAUAUCAACACCUUCGACGGCCUGCCCAUGGAACCGAACCGCGAUGACGCGGCGUGCGAGAAUCUGCGGUGGUUGAUCUCUUUCCUGUGCAACCACGACAAAUCGUCGAGCGAUUGGUUGCCCACUCGACUAUGGAAGGCUCGGGUAAAAAGCCUGCUGUUCGCCGACGCCUUCGGGCUGCUGUAUGGCCAAUACGCGGCCACGGUCGGGCAGACACAGCUGGAAAGCAACUUCAACGCCUGGCAAAGCCGCAAGUUGUGGGCCGUGUUCGAAGAGGUAGUCAGCCGUGACCAACGUUACAACCAGGUAGGAAAGAUCAAGCACCUGGUGACUGGCAAGACGGUGCGUAUGGAAUCGAAGUUCAUCAACGGUUGGGAAGAAGCCAACCACAUGAAUGCCGCCUUCCUCAGCAACGAGAUUAUGCCCUGGCCCAUCUCGCCGAGUGAUCGGCGAAUGUUGGUUCUAUGGCCAAUGGAGACGCUACCGGUAGAGCGUCAAAAAGCUGUGGGCCGAGAGCUGGAGAAUGGUGGUGUCGCGGCGCUAUACGCCUGGUUGUUGUCCAUUGAUCUUGGCGACUUCGAUCAACGCACAAGGCCUCCCAGCACUGAUGCGCGCGAGCGGCUGGUGGCCCUGAGUAGGGCGAGCUGGCAGACUUUCCUGUUCCUCUGGCAAUACGGCGAACUCGGGCGCGAUAUGUGGGGCGCCUGUUUGUCUAGCGACCUGUACGCGAUGUUCCUAGAGUGGUGCCACCGCAACAAAGAGCAUGUGAUGAGCCAGACCAAGUUUUCGCUUUUCAUCAGCUCGGAGGUGGACAAGACCCGGGCCAUCCCAUGGACGGAUGGCAGCAACCGCAAGUUUGCGGCCUUCUUCUUUCCUCGGGGUGAGGGCGCUUCCCAGCCCCCAUCAGUCAGUUCGGCCGAUCUGGGGAAGGCCGUGGUCGCCUGGCGGGCAGCGGCGCGCCUGGCGGGGUGGAACGUCGACAACUGGGACCACAUUAAGGCUGCUGCAGCA